AUGCUGGCUUACAUUAUUGUCACUUUUCUCUGUAUAGAAACUGGAUCUACAGCUGUACCCAGUAUUGGUUUCACAAAUCUUUCAAAUUUUGAUCCUCCAUUUUGUGGGUUUUCUGGGCAUAUAACUAUCGGAAAUGUACUCUACCUUUGUAUUCCACCAUACCCUCAUCAGCAGACAGGACUUAUUACAUUCAGUUUUUUCUUUGGUAUGGCUGCUGGUUCCUUGAAAGAAAAAGGAGAACCUUUUCAUAUGUUCUUUGAAUCAACCAGACUCAUCACAGCAGAAAUAUUUAAGUAUUUGUUUAAAAUAACUCCAAUUGGCGUCGCUAGUUUGAUAAUGGCAUCAGUAGCCGGUAUUAAGGACAUCAGCACACUCUUCACCAGUCUUGGAAUGUUUAGCCUCACUGUUUUGAUUGGACUUGCUUGCCAUAUGUUGGUCUUCAUGAAUCUGAUAUACCUUAUUAUUUUCCGGAAAAACCCAUUUAAGUUCUUCUUCACCUGCAUACGGCCUUAUAUUUUAGCAUUUACUUUCACCAGCAGUUCUGCUGCCUUUCCAGAAAUGGAAUCUAGUCUUGUGGAGAGAAAUGGUGCUGAUAAACGAGUGGUUGGAGUAUCACUACCUCUAGUAGUGACUUUAAAUGCGGGUGGCAGUGCUGUGUUCAUUGUAACAGCAGCUAUGUUCCUAGCAAACUACCAAGGUGUUCAUCUAAAUGCUGGCAAUAUAACAGUACUUGUAGUUCUUACAGCCAUAGUUACAAUGGCUCUACCUGGUGUACCAAGCUCGAGUAUUGUCACUCUAAUAUUAUUGCUGACUUCUAUGAAUAUUAAUCCAAAACCUGUUGCCAUGCUUUAUGCCUUGGAAUGGCUUUU